AGAGGAGGCGGAGAAGCGAAAGCACAAGGCAGAGCAGGUGGAGAAACACACCAAGCAGCAACAGCAGCAGCAUCAGAAGCAGCAGCAGCAGCAGCAUCAGGCGGCCUCUCCUCUGGUGGAUGGCUUAGGCAUUCCUCCUCCUGCAGCUCAUCCUUUGCACCUGGGGUUGGUACCCCCCCCUGGGGUCAGGCAGACCCAUCAAGAACCAACAAUGGGCAAACACAACAGCAAGCUGGCCCCUGAGAUGUUAGAUGAUCUGGUGAGGAACACAGAAUUUAAUGAGCAAGAGCUGAAGCAGUGGUACAAAGGCUUCCUGAAAGACUGUCCUACGGGCAUCCUCAAUCUGGAGGAAUUCCAGCAACUCUAUAUCAAGUUUUUCCCUUAUGGUGAUGCGUCCAAGUUUGCUCAGCACGCUUUCCGCACGUUUGACAAGAACGGGGAUGGGACUAUUGACUUCCGGGAGUUCAUCUGUGCACUCUCUGUUACAUCCCGGGGAAGCUUUGAGCAGAAGCUGAAUUGGGCCUUUGAGAUGUAUGAUCUAGACGGUGAUGGCAAGAUAACACGCCUGGAGAUGCUGGAGAUCAUCGAGGCUAUCUACAAGAUGGUGGGCACUGUCAUCAUGAUGAGAAUGAACCAAGAUGGGUUGACCCCUCAGCAACGUGUCGACAAGAUCUUUACCAAGAUGGACAAGGACAAAGAUGACCAGAUCACCCUGGAGGAGUUCAAGGAAGCUGCCAAGAGUGACCCUUCCAUUGUUCUCCUGCUCCAGUGUGACAUGCAGAAAUAGAGGAGUCAGGGGCCUGGCAUGCAAUCCUGCCCUCCCCUCCCUGGCCUUGCGUCUUCUUAUCCCUUCUUCUCAGAGCUGCAGACUCCACCCCUGAGGCAGGUUGGGCUUUCUCUGCAUGGCCUCUUCCGCCCAACCGAGUCCCCUAAAUGAACCACCUGACAUUGACAACACAUACAAGUUAUUUUAGGCAAUAUUCUUGAGCCUUGCCCCAAAUCUCUAUCAAGUUUGAAUCUUUAUCUCAUAUCUGCUGACCCUAACAUCUCUAGCGCCAGCCAUCUCAUCUUACCCCACCAUUCAUCCUCUGCUUUUUUCCCCCUGAAUACCUGCCAGUCCCCAGGACCAUGCCAGCAAACCUACUUUUGGUGGCCUGCCUAAAUCCAUGAUUCUUGAUGCAAGAUCUUGUAAUCCUCAAGUUCUGCUUGGCUGCCCAAUCUCUCUAACACGAUGGAGCCUCUCUUCCCUUUGGUGACCUGCAACAUAAUUUUGAGACAUGGCCCUUAAUGGCACAUCUAACGUGUUCUUUCCCUUUACUCCACUUCCCUCCCCCCCUCCUCAUUUAAUUACUUCCCUCCCACUUCUUGUUGCCAUGAAUAACCAAGAGCAGAUGUAAAACAUCUGUCUGUAAAUUGAGGAAAAGAGAUCCCAGUGACUCCCUUCAUGCAAAAGGGUGAUAACUUGCUAUAGAAGGAAGUGUUACCAUUGGUCAGAAGUGGCUCAAAGUAAUUGUAGUGGUUUGUCAGAAAAUAUACAUUCUCUUGUCCUUACGGACACUUGAAUAUCAAUCAAUCAGUUGAAGAUCCCUGUGCUAAGGAAGGGUGGAAGAAUGUGCUUUCCAAAAGGGCUAAAAGAGUUAGUGGUUGGCAAGGGGGAAAUGCUGUUGGGUUCUGGUAACCCCUACCCAAGGGAUUUACUCACCAUCCAGUGAGACAAUCUAGUUUGAGCGUCCCCUCCUUCUUAAAAAUUAGCCCUGGUGCAUUUUUGUUGGUGGCACUGGGAGCACUGUGAUGCAUCGAACUUGGGGAUUGCUAGAAACUGUUAUUUCUAGGGCUAAAUCUUCAGAGCUGGAAGAACGUUCUUGCAUUCUGAAGGAAAACAGUAGUUUUGCUUUUUCCUCUUCUGCUCCUGGGAUGAAUCGAGAGUGCACCAGGGUGCUUUUGGAGCACAGUUGAAAUUGCUGGCUGGCAUUUCUGUGCUGACCUUUCUCUGAGGGCUGAACCGGGAUCCCCUAGUUGGCACGCUGCUUCUCUUUUACCCCUUCCUCACCUGGAUUGUGUUUGACCCAGGGUAGAUUGGCUUUGUGGAGCUGUCACCCGUCACUCAACCUGAUUCUUGCCUGCAACUGUAAUGAAAACCAGUGUUGUCCUGGGUACAAUGUAGGUGAGUGAGGCCAAAAGACAGCAGCUCCAACAUGGGAAGAGCCAUGUAAGAAGCAGCCCUGAAGAAGGUGCUCCUUGAAGUUCAUGAGCUUGAGAUGACCGAGAGAAGGCUGGUGGAGUGGGAAGGAGCUUGACUGGUGGGCUCUCCCACAGGCUGACCCGCACUGCAGGGGGAAGGGCCUCCAGACCAGCAUUCCAGGAGAUCACAGCUAAGCUUCUCCUUCCCCUUCCCUCCCAGCCCUGCUACCUCUGCCCUUCAGCAUCCCCCUCCAGGACUGAAGAUUAUGCUUGGGUGUGUGUUCAGUCUGUUUGUUGUGGUUUUGAAUAUUGUAAUAAUUGUUUACAAACUGUGGUGUUAUAUUUUUUUUUAAACUGGGGAAAAAAAUAAAAUGUGUUCAACUUG